CAUGGCAGCCGGGUUGUUAGUCACCGCUCUUAACCAGGAAAAUUUGGUUACGUUAUAAAUUCUUAAUGUUCUAAUAACUCCGGGUGUAAUUAAGAGAGGCCCAGCCAUUAGACAAUUUUCCCGUCACGUCAUGUGAUCCCACAAAAUAACAAGAAACCGGCAAAUUGACAUCACGUAGAACUAGCGAAAACUUUGAAAAGUUUUGCCAGUCCGAACACAAACCAAGGAUUAGGCUACUUGUGGUUGUUAGGCCUAUAUUAGCGCUGGUUAGGCAUGGCAAGGCAAUUGAGAAAAGCGCGCUUGUGCUAGUCUAAACUAAUGUAGCUGUUUUUUUUAUGUACAAAAUAUGUAUUCAUAGAAAAAAAUAUACAUGAAAUGAUUUCAGGAACUAGUAAAUCACGGGCUUGUGGCAGUAGCCUACGUCUGCUUUACGGACUUGCAGGAUUACCUUCUCUUCCAAACAAUUGAUCUGUUGCGUUUUUAAGUUCUGUUAAAUACGGUAGGGCCUACAUGCCUACAAUGUGUAUUCGUACUAGUUUACCUCACGUUUCAUUACUGUGCGCACGGGGCGGUAGUUUCCACUUCACCAGUGGCUGUUACGCUUCACGAGGCCACACAGUGGCGCUCUAUCCACGUAAAACGGCCUAGUUUCAUACAUUACAAUGAAUAUGGAUCGAUUCAAUAUUAGGCCUACUUAAUGUUGCAAAACAGUGAACAGAGCUAGAGCUAACGACUGAGCUUAUAAAAUUAGUUUCGGGACAGAUGAAUACGGAUAGUCUGUCUGUGACAUGGCUAAGCAGGACUUUUCCAAGUGCCCAAAUUGUGUGUGUGUGUCUUGUGUUCGAGUUGUAUUGCGCAAAUGAGCUAAUACGACGCGAGGUUAUGAUUGAGGUAAAGACAUAGCAAGUGUUCAGACACAGCAAGAACAGUCGUUGCUCAUACUGUGCAUAGUCGGCGUUUAAUCACUCCAUGUGCCACCUCCUUAAAUUAAUUAUAAGAAUGCUAUUGGGUAUCUGGUCAAACCCUUAGGGACACGUAGAUGCAGCAAGCACAUCUGUGGCUUGAAAUAAGAAACCUGGGUUGCAGAUAGGUGUCGUGGGGUGGGUCGAGUUCAGGCGGGGGAAAGGGGCAGGAAGGACAAGAGAGACAUUCUUUCGUGAAGGACAGAUGAAAAGAGCAGUGAAAUAUAGAAACCAACUGCGAAGUGUCGGCGCUGACAUCUCCACCAACGGACAAUAAAUGAAGAUCAACUCUAUCCAUGGAGUGGGGAGCGCGCGCCUUCCAGCCUAGCCUGUGUGCGGGAGAUGUCCAGAGCGUGCGUUCAGAGAGAGAAUGCAUCUCGCCUCGACAGUAUGUCUAACGGAGGAACGCCGCCUGUUGCUGUCGCCGAGACACGAAAUAUGAAUUCAACGUGUGGAUAUGAAUCUUGAAUGGAAAGUUUUCAGUCCAUCCGAAAGGGUUUUACACCCUGUUUGAGGCGCGCACUAGUGAUGGAUUAUUUUUUCAGGCGAAAUAGAGUUUUUAAGACUCUCCUAACUUUAACCCUCAUUUUUGCCACUCUGCUGAUGAUACAAAUAUUCAAGGUUCUUGAAAGCAACAUGAAGGAAAUAAGUUUGGACGUUAAAAGCAGUUGGUGCGGACCCGAGUGUCAGUUAUUUAAGGGAAAAUCCUCCAACAAGUCUCCCGCUGGUAAUUACUCUCCGCCGGCUCAGGUCGAGGACUCGGAUGCAGCUCGUUUUAUCGUUACUAAGCCCAGCCUGGCAUCUUGGGACGUGGAUGUGAUCAACUGUACAGAAGAUCCUUCCGUGCGGAAUAAAGAUUGGUUUCGACGACUGGACCCGAGGUUUCAUCAGUUUGUGCUUCACAGGCAUUGCCGAUAUUUUCCCAUGCUGAUUGACCACCCGGAGAAGUGCCGAAGUGGAGACGUGGAUCUACUUAUUGUGGUAAAGUCAGUUAUCGAGCAGCACGACAGGCGAGAGGCCGUGCGUAAGACCUGGGGUAACGAACAGGUAAUCGAUAACAUGAGAAUCAAAACUUUGUUUCUCUUAGGCAGCCCAUCAACUGGUAAGGAUGCGAAAAACUUGCAGAAGCUGUUGGAAUAUGAGGAUAAGAUAUAUGGAGACAUUUUACAGUGGGAUUUUAUGGACACCUUUUUUAACCUCACACUAAAAGAGGUGAAUUUUCUUAAAUGGUUCCACAUUCACUGUUCCAAGGUUCAAUUUAUCUUCAAAGGGGAUGACGACGUUUUUGUGCAAACACAGAACUUGGUGGAACUUAUCGGUUUUAAGAUAGAGGAGAGCAAAGCUGAGAACCUAUUUGUAGGGGACACAAUUGCUAAAGCCAUACCCAUCCGAAACCGCCAAAGCAAAUAUUAUAUCCCCAAAGAACUAUUUGAUAAACCCUACCCGCCAUACGUGGGGGGAGGAGGGUUUCUUAUGUCAGCGCAGUUGGCCCGAAGACUGUUUGUGAUCUCCGAGGGCCAGGAGCUAUACCCCAUAGACGACGUGUUUCUCGGUAUGUGUUUACAAAAGCUGCACCUUGCGCCGGAGAUGCACCCAGGCUUCAGGACUUUCGGGAUUAUGAAGCACAGAAAGAACAGUCCCAUGAACAGCGAGCCCUGCUUCUUCAAGCACCUCAUCGUCAUCCACAAACUCACACCACAGGAGCUGCUCAGAAUGUGGGAUAUAGUGAAUAACGAUAACCUCAUAUGCGCCAAAAGGAAUAUCUUGUGGCUGCGUUGGUGAGCUGAAGGGACUAUAUUACCCGGACAAGGUCACUUUUGAAUGACCGAGAAACACGUAACCAACCAGUGCGUAUCCUGGACACCACCUUGUCAGAACUAUGUCGCACUUAAGAGCACAAAUCAUUCACUGUUCAUCACAGAGCUGGCCUUCUGUAGUCAAUACAGUUAUUAGAUAAGCGAUCUCCUGGAUCAAUGCCACUGGAAGUUUUGUUAGAAAGAAAGCUCAAUGUUUAAAACUAUGAAAAUCAAACACAACUGUGAUAAAUGUUUUAUGAUGAAGCAUUUUCUCUGAACACACACACACACACACGGCUAUGAUGAUGGUGUGAGGAACAAAUGUGCUGAAAUGGCGGUUCACCCCUUUCUCCAGGUUAAAGGGAACAAAUGGAUAUGUGUCUGAUGAAUCGCCUAUUUGUUCUGGUGAAAAAUACACUAGUUUAUUACGAAAUGAGGCACAGACAUCAAAAGAAACCAAAGAGGACUUGAUCUUACGAUGUGACAGAACCACUGGACUGUAAGUCAGGCUGAACAGGUGAUGGUUUGACAGACCUGGCGGUAUCUGACGGCGUUGUGGUUUCUGUGCUGAUGUUGAUGAAGUAAUAAAUGUGUUUUUCUUCUGUA